AUGGAGAAGGAGAGGAGGCCGUACCAUCGGUUCUGCGAUUGUGCUCUCCACAAGUUGAAGAGUAGUGGUGGUGGUGGUGGUAAUGGUGAUGGCAACAUUGGUAGCGCUUGUUUGAGGAGGUCGGUGACAUUUCCGGGGGACAAGAAAGCGGCGGCGAAGUUGAUGAACCACCGGGGAAGGUUGUCUUUGGCUCAUUGGGUCGAGAGAACCAAGAAGCGGGCCGGCGGCGGCGAUAAAAUGGGCACAAAUUUUUUGAUUGAGGAUUGA